UUCCUGUGUGUGGGUGUCUGUGCUCACUUGUUUGGGACAGUUCACGAGCAGGAGUCACAAUGUCAGGUAAAGAAGAAAUGGUGCAGAAGGAUUCUGCUCAGAAGACUGAGUGGUUCUGGAACAAGAAGGAAAAGAAGGAUAAGGACAAGGAACACUGCAAGGACAAGGGUGACUCUAAGGACAAAGACAAAAAGCACAAGCACAAGCACAAGUCUGGAGAGAAGAAGAACAAAGGUGAAAAUAAGGAUGGAAAAAAAUCAGGCACCUCAUCCUCUUCCUCAUCUUCAUCCUCCUCAAGCAGUGAUGAGGAGUGAUGCUUCCUGGAGGACUGGACUGCCCUGUUCGCCUCUUAUGCUCUGCUCUACUGACAGAAUGACUGUGUGUGUGGUUGAGUGUGCGGUGGUACCACUUUUUCUUACUGUCCUUUCAUUGUUGUCACCGAAGCAUGUCGGUCUUCUUGUUUAAACAAAUCUCCUGAUCCAUUAAAGAUAAUGUUCUGACAACAA